GUACGUCGAACACACAGACGCGUCUAUGAUUGAAGAGGUUCAAGUAAAACUGUCCUUUCGUUCCGCUGAGAAAACCGAGAAAACCGACCCAGUUCGGUGGGAUUCCCGGUCCACUUGGAUCCGCCUCAUCAGUUUUUAAAGGCUGCCAAAAAGCAAAAUGUCUCCAAUCAAACCCAAGCUUGAUCAGGAGACCAUCUCCUGCUCCAUCUGUUUGGAUCUCCUGAAGGAUCCGGUGACCAUUCCCUGUGGACACAGCUACUGUCUGGGCUGUAUCCAAACCCACUGGGAUAGAGUGGGUAAGAAGAGAGUCUGCAGCUGCCCUCAGUGCAGGAAGGACUUCAAGCUGAGGCCUGACCUGGUGAAAAACAUCAUGUUAGCAGAGCUGGUGGAGGAGCUGAAGAAGAUUGACCUCCAAGCUGCUCCAGAUUAUCAAUGCUAUGCUGGACCUGAAGACGUGUCCUGUGACGUCUGCUCUGACAGGAAACUGAAAGCUGCCAAGUCCUGUCUGGACUGUUUAGUUUCUUUCUGUGAGAAACAUCUCCAGCCUCACCAUGAAGCUCCACCAUUACAGAAACACCAGCUGGUGGAGCCCUCCAAGAAGCUCCAGGAGAACAUCUGCUCUUCUCAUGAUGAGGUGAUGAAGAUCUUCUGUCGUACUGAUCAGCAGUGCAUCUGUUAUCUCUGCGCGAUGGACGGACACAAAGGUCACGAAACGGUGCACGUUUCAGCAGGAAGAGCUGAGAAGCAGAAGGAGCUCGAGGCGAGUCGACAACAAAUCCAGCAGAGAAUCCAGGACCAAGAGAAAGAUGUGAAGCUGCUCCAGGAGGAGGUGGAGGCCAUCAAUGUCUCUGCUGAUCAAACAAUGAAAGAGAACAAGGGACUCUUGUCUAAGCUGAUCAAGUUCAUCAAGAAAAAGAGGUCUGAUAUGAAGCAGCGGAUCAGAUCUCAGAAGGAAUAUGAAGUGAGGAGAGUCAGGAAGCUUCAGGAGAAGCUGGAGCAGGAGAUCACUGAGCUGAAGAGGAAAGACGCCGAGCUGGAGCAGCUCUCACACACACAGGACCACAACCACUUUCUCCACAACUACCAGUCGGUGUCAGCACUGGGUGAGUCUCCACACUCAUCCAGCAUCGAGGUUCAUCCUCGGAGAUACUUUGAGAGGGUCACAGCAGCUGUGGAGGAGCUCAGAGACAAACUAGAGGAGCUGCUGAACGAGGAGUGGACAAGCGUCCGCAUGCUCAUCUCUGAUGUGGACGUUUUACUACCAGCAACAGAACCAGACACCAGAGCCGACUUCCUGGUGUUCUCCAGAGAUCUCACCUUGGAUCCAAACACGGCGAACGAAGAGUUGGUCCUUUCUGAGGGGAACCAAAGAGCAACGUGCAUCAAUCACCAGCAGACCUCCACCAAGCAUCCCUACCAGUUCACCCACUACCAUCAGGUCCUGAGUAAGAAGGGUCUGACUGGACGUUGCUACUGGGAGGUGGAGUGGAGCGGAGGUGACGUUUGUAUCUCAGCCUCCUACCAAACCAUCAAAAGACAAGGGCCGGCCAAUGAAUGUGCGUUCGGGUUCAACGACCAGUCCUGGGCUCUAAGUUCAACCAGACGGGGGUUCAAGUUUGACCACGAUAACCACGUGUUUGUGAUCUCUGGUCCUGGUUCCUCCAGGGUCGGGGUGUACCUGGACCACAGGGCCGGUGUUCUGUCCUUCUACAGCGUCUCUGAAACCAUGACUCUCCUCCACAGAGUCCAGACCACGUUCACCCAGCCGCUCCACGCCGGAGUCCGGUUCUUCGACACUAAAGGAACCUCCGCCGAGUUGGUCAAGCUCAAGUAACGGUCCUGAGACGUUCUGUCCUCUGAACUGAAGU